GCUGUCAGAGGCAGAAAGCGACUUUACUCUCCACCGAACCGGACUUCUAUCCGAACCAGAAGCACUUCUGUUCCGAUCUGGAUUAUUCUACUGUUCUGUUUGGACUUUGUUUUUUCUCUUUCUGGAGUUUAACCGGACAGCGAGCGCCGUGGAUUUAAUUUAUCCUUCUAACCUGGAGCUGGUGGAAUAUUAUUCUGAGUUCAACAUGACUCUGGAGGAGGUCGUCGGAACCAACAGCACCGAGCAAAAGAUGGAGACGGUGAGUCAGGCUGUGGAGGAGCUGCUGGUCGCGGCGCAGCGGCAGGACUGCCUCACGGUGGGGGUGUACGAGUCCGCCAAGCUCAUGAAUGUAGAUCCGGACAGCGUGGUUCUGUGUCUCCUCGCCACGGAUGAGGAAGAUGAGGAUGACAUCGCGCUGCAGAUCCACUUCACGCUGCUCCAGGCUUUCUGCUGUGACAACGACAUCAACAUCGUGCGGGUUUCCGGCGUGCGGCGGCUGUCGCAGCUGCUGGGGGAAGACACCGGAGACAGCAACGGCAACGAGCCGCGGGACCUGCACUGCAUCCUGGUCACGAACCCUCCAGUGCAGCCGCUGCAGUGCCAGGCCCUGCAGCACGUCAGCAGCUUCUGCGAGCAAAGCCGCUGCAGCAACCAGUGGGUCCCCUGCCUGGAGCUGCGGGACGGCUGACUGAACUGAACUGAACCGAACCGAACCGCCGUGCAGCGGUGAGAAGGAGUUGGAUUUAAGCGACCCGACCUCCUGCAAGAAGAGGAGGAGCGGCGGCGGCGAUGGAGGAGAGAGAGGGGGGGCGGAAGGACGCCAGACCCUCCCGUGAGCCAGGACCGAACCGGCGGGAGCUCUCCAGCCGCGUGAUAUGGGUCGACCGGUUCUGAAAGCCGGACAGAGACGUGUUGGAGCUGCUGGAGGAGCAGCUGAGGAAGAAGAGAAAGAGGAAGCUGUUUUAAAGAGACAGCACGUGACUGGACUGAUGAAUGAGUGAAGAAGAGAUGCACGUGGAGAUGUGAACGGAGCUGCAGGUGUUUCGGCUUACCUGUGCGCAUGCUCGGACUUAAUCAUGAACUUUCAGACACAAUGAGAUCAUAUGUUCAGAUUAAUCAAUAUGUUGACUGGAUCUGACAAAUAAACUGUUGAAUACA